UUUACUUCCUGUCAAGAUGGCGGCGAGCAGAGGCCUGGCUGCCCUGUGGAGGACAUGCAGCGGUAGGUCUCAGCUGUUCCCCGGCCUGCCCGUCUGCGCCGCCCGCACACAGAGCUCUGUGAGCGGCCACCUGCUGCCCCGGACCUCCCUCUCCAGGCCUCCGUGGUCGGAGCAAAGCUGCGCGGUUUCAGCGGAGGAGGAGCGGAGCAGACACGCCGCCGUGGUGAGCGCCGUCAACCAGCGGAUCCAGAAGCAGGACUUCGGCAGGCUGUUUGCUGUGGUUCACCUGGCCGGCCGCCAGUGGAAGGUGACCAACGAGGACCUGAUCCUGAUCGAGAACCACAUCGAGGCGGACUGCGGGGAGCGGAUCAUCCUGGAGAAGGUGCUGCUGGUCGGGGCGGAGGACUUCUCGCUGGUCGGCAGGCCUCUCCUGGGGAAGGAGCUGGUGAGGGUCAGAGCCACGGUGAUCGAGAAGACCCAAUCCUGGCCCAAAGUGCACAUGGUGUUCUGGAAACGGCACCGCUUCCAGCGGAAGAGGAUCAUCGUUCAGCCGCAGACGGUGCUGAGGAUCAACAGCAUCGAGCUGAACCCCCAGCUGUCCUGAUCCACUGACUCUGAACCUGCAGCUCCUCCGGGUUCCUCCCAGGAACCAGCUGAGAUGAUGGAGCUGCUGAUCAUCUGAUCCAUUAAAGUUUCCCUUUGCAAUCAGGAAUCUGCUCCUUUCUAAGGUCAAACUAACAUCAGCACCAUGAUUAGGAGCUGGAACCUGAAUGAUCAUUAAAAUAAAAAAAAACUUUGUUAACCUCACUUUGGAGAAAUGUACCUCUGUAAUUAACCCAUCCCAUUAGGGAGCAGUGGGCUGCCACUGUGGGGCUUCCGGGGAGCAGUUUGGGGUGAAGAGUAGUGUUGCACUGAUGCCAUUUUUGGCCCCGAUACCAUCUGUUUAAAAUUGAUGUGUGUAAAUAUGAAGAACUGCAGACUACUUGGAUAUAAAUAAAUGCCAUCUUGGUUUUGUCAAGCUACUGCCUACCUUUGUGAAGCAGGACAAAUACAAAGUUAAUCCAGUAGAACUUUCUAUUGCCUACCUGGAAUGGGUGACAAUAGUUGACUAAA